UCGAUAAUUCAAUAAUAUUCUUCAAUGGCUUCUUCUUCUUCUCUAGUUCAGAAACAAAAGCUCGUGUUCUUAGUUCUAAUAAUCAGCCUGUUGUUUUCGUACGGUAACGCCAAUUGGUACGGUACCGGUAUGACUAAUCUCGGUAACCCAGAUUCGAUUGACCCGAAUGGUAACGUAAUUAAUCCGUUGAAGAAGUGCGGAUUCGAUAAGAUGUACCUACUCGGCGGGUCCCUUUCCGACACCGGGAAUUUGAUCAGCGAAACCGUCGGCUCUACUUUGCCCUUCGGUAAACAACCCUACUCGCAUGGCCGCUCCUCCAACGGCUUGUUGAUCACCGAUAAUUUCGCGUACGAGGCAGGGAUUAAUCCGAUACCUGAUCCCUACAAGGAUUUGAAUUUUUAUUUCAAUAAAGGAGUAAACUUCGCCGUGGCGGGGUCCACAGCUUUGCCAACAGAAGUAUUAGCGACGAAAUACAUGAUUUCGUCUCCGGUGACAAAUAGUUCUCUCAAUAUCCAAUUGGAUUGGAUGUCUGACUAUUUCAGCUCCGCCACGUGCCUCACAGAUAAUGGUUGUACCGACAGAUACAACAAGGCAAUUUUCUUCGUCGGAGAAAUCGGUGGUUCCGAUUACCAGUACGCAAUCUUGCAAGGAAAACUAACCAUGGAUCAGUUGACAGAUAUGGUGCCUGAUGUUGUUGCUGCUAUUAUCAAUGCUACAAAGGGAGUACUUAACUUGGGAGCUAGAAGAGUGGUGAUUCCCGGAAUAUUCCCUCUCGGGUGUCUCCCGAUUUACAAGACGCUCUUCCAAAGCAACGUCUCGACAAACUACGACGAGAAUCAAUGCCUCAAUCAACUCAACGAUUUAGCGAAGAACCACAACGAACAACUGCAACAAGGCAUUAACAGUCUCAUGCAAGAGAAUCCGAAUGCGGUACUAGUUUACGGAGAUUACUACCAGGCUUAUAAACACCUCCACCGGAUCGCCACACUCAACGAUUUCGACACGGAAAAAGCUUGCUGCGGGAUCGGAGGCGACUACAACUUCAACGUAACGACAAUGUGUGGUCAUGGCGGCGUCAAUAAUUUUAUGGGUCGUAAUAGGUACAUUAGCUGGGACGGGAUUAAUUUGACGAGAAUCGGUAACAAGAUUAUGGCGAAUUGGUUGAUCCGGAAGACCGUGCCGAAGCUUCAAUGCCAAUCCUGAAGGCCUGCAAUUAAUUAAGCACUAGUCUAUUUGAUCUUAGUAUAAUACUUAGAAAUUUUGUAAUUUCUUGUAGUAAUUUGGUCAAAUUUUUUUUG